AUGAUUUCGGUAUCACAAAGGGGAUUCCGUCUGGAGUCGUUACUGCAAUAUGAGUUGGAGAAACUAAAGGUCUGUAACCGUUCGACCUGUGUAUAUCGUGAUUAUAGUGGAGGAGUGGAAUUGCAAUUGGAGAAAGAGCAGUUUUGGCGCAUGAUGUGCUGUUCUCGAAUCAUAGAGAGUGUCCGAAUGCGCAUUAGCACAUUUAUCGUCUCCAAUCCCCGUGAAAUCGAAAACGGUAUAUCCGAGAUUCCCUGGGAGAAAUACAUUACGAAAAACGACAACACCAUCAUUCGUAAUAACAUGUUCUUCCCACGAGACAUCAAUUCCAUCAUUCUAGAACGUUCUCCCCUCCCUCAACUCGCCAAAUCCGUAUCCACCACACGCCAGCCCAAUUCCAAAAACCUCUUUUUCCUCGUUUCCACCUUUCGUUUCCACUCAUUUCGCAGAUUCGAGGCGACAAAAUCACAAUUAGCGUCGAUUGCGGCUUCCAAUCCACGCGUGGCUAUCGCCAACACCUCGCUGAAACGCCUCUCAAAGAGACGAUCGCUGCGGCUCGUACAGGUUCCGCGGUUAUUCUGUUUAGUUUGCUAUGAUUCGGUUCGGAAGGGAUUAUUGCGCCGAAACAACAUGUUGAUGUUCGAUUUCUUCUGUGGGUCGGGCGUGCUCGCGGCCGAAAUGCACAGUUUGCUUCAGCGAGACUAUCCCUAUCUGCAGAGAAAGCGGCUGCUCAAAGAGUUUCGACAUGGGUUCGAAUUCUGGCCGUGUCACGAUCGAUCGGGUUUUGAGAGGUUGGUGGAGAACGUGGAAACGGAGAAAUCGGCAAAGGGACCGUUGAUGCGCGAUUAUGCGAUUUUAAGCUCGGAUAUCGCGGAUCGAGCGAUUUUCUGCUCGGAUCAGAACAUUCGAAAUGUACUUCGACGCGAUGCCAACCAGAAAGUGGAAGAAGUGGUAAUUCCGAAAAAUUUGACGUUUACACAGGGGGAUUUUGAACAUCGCGCCGAGCUGCUUGUCGAAGCGAUUAAAAUGAACAAGGAGGCUUAUCACGACAAUAUCGUGAUCCUAGCGAACCCACCAAUCUACAUGAAGCAAUACAAGAGCUUCCGGGAGCUGGAUCAACUUUACCAUUCUCUGUUUGAGCUGGUGUACAGUCUAAAGAAGACGGAUUUGCUGCGAAGCGCGAGCAUCUUAAUCCCCCAUUCCACGCAGUUUCAACUGCCAGAGCCGCUCCAAGAAAUCGCAGCUUUGCGUCCGUUGAAGUUAGGAGACCACACACUGUGCCUUUUGUCUGUUUAG